AUGGGUCACGCCGUAGCAUUUCUGAUGCUGAUUUGGAUGCCGUUAUUUACUGUGUCGCAUCAAGCAGAACUGGAACAGGCUACAAACUAUCUAAAGCGAUACGGCUAUCUGUCUACAUCACUUCUUUACUCUGAAGAGCAAGAACUGAAGCUGGAGCAAAUAACUGAGGCACUGGGAAUAUUCCAGAAAGUGACAGACCUACCAGUCACAGGCAGGUUGGACAACGCCACGCUAGCCAUGAUGAAAAAGCCACGCUGUGGCCUUGUGGACCCCUUUAACAACAAAACUCUCAAAUAUCGUUUACUAGAUUACUGGCGUAAGAAGAAGCUGACUUACCGUAUCUAUAACUAUGCUCCUGGUCUGGGAAUGGAUCAAACACGGGCAGCUCUAAAGACAGCGUUCAGGUACUGGAGUGACGUUACACCUCUCCAGUUCUCCGAGAUCACUGAGGGAAACGUUGACAUCAAAAUAUCCUUCCAUAAGAGGGACAAUGUCUGCCCUGUGCCAUUUGAUGGACCAGGAGAUGUUCUGGCUCACGCUGAAGGUCCAGAAUCUGGUAUAGUGCACUUUGAUGCAGAGGAGCUGUGGACUGAGGGGCGAAACUAUGGAGCAAAUCUGAGAAUUGUAGCAGCCCAUGAGAUAGGCCAUGCCCUUGGUUUAGACCACUCGCAGUAUUCCAGUGCUCUCAUGGGCCCUGUGUACACUGGUUACCGUGACAACUUCAAGCUCCAUCCAGAUGAUAUCCGUGGGAUCCAGGCACUGUAUGGUAAACCUGAGGAACAACCGCCAAUUACCUCAGACUCACCUCUGCCUGAUCCCUGCACUGCCUCACUGGAUGCUAUAAUGUUGGGGCCGUUCCACAAGACGUUUGCAUUCAGCGGAGACUAUGUAUGGACGAUAUCAGAUGAUGGCUAUAACACUCCAAUACAGAUUAACAUCCUGUGGAAGGAACUGCCUGGUUAUUUAAGUGCUGCCGUGCAUUCACAAAGGACCAACAAGUCCUACUUCCUUAAAGGUAAAACAUCACCUUUUACCCACUGUUUUGAUUUGGACUGCUUGACUGUUUUGACACUCAUUUGAUUACAUUCCUGAAAGGGUGAUUUGAAAUGCAUAUCCUUGGCCAGCACAGCAAAUUCAGUUACUCAGGAGUCACCUUCUAGUAAUGACAAAAGUAAUGACAAAACAUUACUUUAAAGCAAAUUCAAAUAUCUCCACAAGACUUGAAUAUUUCUUCGAACUGCUUUUGUUUUAAUUGUGAUUGUUUAAUCUUAGAUGAAUGCACAUCAUCCCUUUCUUCUAGGUGAUAAAGUUUGGAGGUAUUCCGGCUUUAAGUUAGACCAUGGUUAUCCCAAACUGCUUGCUAUCCCUCCAAACAUCGAUGCCGCCUUUUACUCCUACAGCAAUAAAAAACUCAUUUUUAUCAAGGUAAAGCACCAGAACAUGCGGUUAAACUAAAAUAAAAAAGAUAAUGAAAAUAUGCAGGUCAUGUAUACAGUUCAGUGUUUAUUAACGUACCCUGACCAUCUCUUUAGUUUUUAUAGCACAUUACAUACUAGUGUAUGUUUUAUUUCAAAAUACCAAAUAUACAGUACUGUGCGAAAGUCUUAGACACCCUAUUUGUUUAGUAUAAACUUUGUUAUAAAAAUAUUAAAAACUUUGUUUUAUUUUACGACUUCUACAUUAUCGAGUCAGUACAAAAGCAUUUUAGACUUCCAGACAUUAGCACGAAAUUAAAUGCUAAAAGAAAAAUGUUUGGAUGUCAGUAAAGAAAGCAGCAUAUUAUGUAAGAGACCACUUUUCAGACAAAAGACAUAAUGAAGGCUGCAAAAAUAAGCGAGUGCGACAGUCAAAGUCUCCUGAAGAACUGAGACUGGUUCUGCAAGAUGCUCAGUAAAACUUACAGCUCAUUUCCUUAUAAAACUGCACUAAUUCUACCUGAGACUACUAUUUUUUAUUAUUUUUUUUAAAGCAAAGGGUCAUCACAACAAAUAUUGACUUAGUUUAAUUUAUUACUGUUUACUGCUCUUUAUAGUAUUUUAUUUUAAAUGUAGAAACAUUUAAUUUCAUUAUUUUUAUGGCAUCUUUGCUCUAAAGCAUUUCUUUGCAUGUGACUAAGACUUUUGCACAGUACUGUACAUAUAUCAAUAUCUAAAUUAUUUAAAAUAAUUACAGAACUAGACAUUGAAUAAUGACAUUGCCAUUAUCUUGCCUCUGAUAGCAGCUAUGUUUGAGAAAGUACAUUAUGAUAUGUCCUGUUCAAGAACCUUUAACUCAAACGUUUUAAAAAAUCCUAUAUGAGCCUGUUAAAUAUCAAUAGUUCAUUUAUUAGUGUGUUGAGUGUGUGUUUGUUUGUUUGUCUCGUAGGGUUCCGAGUACUGGCAGUGGGAUGAACUGGGUUCCCCUGAUGAACUGAAACAAUUUCCUAAACCCCUCUCCAGUCUCGUCACUGGGUUGCCGUCCAAUCCAGAUGCAGCGCUCACCUGGAAUAACGGUCAUGUUUACGUUUUUAAAGGAGACCAGUACUGGCGUGUGAGUCCCAGACACUUCAUCGAGAAGGGUUACCCACUAAGCAUGAGAGCGCGCUGGAUGCAGUGCGGCCAUUAACUCACUCACAGCUGUAACGAUUUAAACGUCACUAAGCAUUAAACAUUAAGACAUCUGAGUCAGAACACUGAUUUAGAAAAUAUACACAGAAUAUACACUGUAUAACUGUUGUGACUAUU